AUGGCCGCACGCAUCGCGCAAAAAGUCCUUCAAACCACCUGGGAUGGGAAGGAUGUUGAUUGGGACCCGGAUCUCUUUAUGGAGUGCGGAGACUUUGGUACCGUCUCGGGUCACCAGGCCAUUCUGUGUGCUGCCUCUCCACACAUCGCGCAAAUGUGCGAGGAUGCAGACUCGGACUUUGGCGAGGUGUUUAUCGACUUGCCUGAGUCGAAGUCGAUUGUCCGCAGCAUCUGUGCGUUCAUCUACGGACAUGACUUCGACCACGUCUUCAUUGGCUCGGGGCAACAUAUGGCAGACACACUUGUGCAGUUCCUGGUUGCUGCAGAUAAGUACGGGCUUCCUACCAUGGGCCGGGAGAUCUCAGCGUCAAUGAUCGAACAAAUUAGGUCCAUGCGUGGGACUGAUCUGUGUUGUCUCAGAGUUGCGCUUCUAGAAAGUGCCCGCACGAACAUUGUUCCUCAGAUGGUGUUGGACAUUGUGUUUGACUUCGCAGCUCGGAGGCUCAAGGAGAUCAUGGGUGAUGACAAAGCCUGGAGUGCGCUCCAAAGCAAUUCCGAGUUCCUGAAGGCGGUGCUUACGGAUGCGGGCGCGCUGAUCGCCGGAGAUUGA